AUGAACGGGUUCAAGUGGCCUUAUGAAGACCGCAAUUGCAGGCACCACUGGUUGCACAUCUACCGACCGUGCUGGCCCGGCCAGGGCUUCGAUACGUGUCCCGAGUUCGGGGACGGCGUAGCGCGCGAUUCGCCGCAGCUUGUCUACGUCACGGGCCUGUGUCCCGCCUGCCUGAUGCCCGGAUGCUACAACAAGCAUCAGGUCCGCAUGAUCACGGACAUCAACCGCCGCUGGCGUUGGGGCGCCGGCCCCAGCAAGAGCGACCCGGGCUGCGAAUGCGCCGUGAUGUGA